CCCCUGGUUCCUCCUCAUGACGCACAGAGCCCAGCCAGUCCGCUCUGCCUGGCUCGGCUCAGCUCAGCUCAGCUCGGAACCGUCCACAGCAACAUGCAGGAUGGCGAGCAUGGAGACAGCCGCCGAACACGAACGUAUCCUGCGGGAGAUAGAGAGCACAGACACCAACUGUAUCGGACCGACCCUCCGGUCGGUGUACGAUGGGCAGGAACAUGGCCUGUUCAUGGAGAAGCUGGACGUUCGAAUCAGGAACCAUGACAGAGAGAUCGAGAAGAUGUGCAACCAUCACUUCCAGGGGUUCGUGGACUCCAUCACAGAGCUGCUUAAAGUACGAGGGGAGGCGCAGAAGCUGAAGAGUCAGGUGACUGAGACCAACAGGCGUCUUCAGGAUGAUGGCAAAGUGCUCAUCACUUCCAUGGAGGAGUUGAAACAGUGUCGAGUACAACAGAGAAACAUCGCUACUACUAUAGACAAACUGUCGCACUGCCUACCAGUCCUGGAGAUGUACAGCAGACUUCAGGAGCAGAUGAGGGCCAAAAGGUACUACCCAGCGCUGCGGACGUUGGAACAGCUGGAGCACACGUGUCUUCCCCGGGCGGGUCAGUACCGCUUCUGCUCCAUCAUGGCAGAAAACAUCCCCAAGCUGAGGACACAGAUCCGGGACACAGCCAUGACACAGCUGAGAGACUUCCUGGAGAGCAUCCGGAAACACUCUGACAAGAUAGGAGAGACGGCCAUCAAACAGGCCCAGCUACAGCGCUCACUGGACAGCUCGGUCGCCACGCAGCCGAGGGCCCUGUUUGGCCGACGCGGCAGAAAGGAGGCGGUGGCGGCGACGGGGACGGGAACCGACAGCGACGGACAGGGCGGCAGUCCAGUGUCGGAACAGGACUCUGGCAUUCUGGAUGUGGAGGAUGAAGAGGAGGAUGAUGAAGUCCCAGGAGCUCAUGACUUGGUGGAUUUCUCUCCAGUUUACCGCUGUCUGCAUAUCUACACUGUGCUGGGUUUGCGUGACGUGUUUGAGAACUACUACAGAAAGCAGAGGAGGAAACAGGCUCGCCUCGUACUGCAGCCCCACUCUAACAUGCAUGAAACCUUGGAGGGAUACAGGCGGUACUUCAAUCAGAUUGUCGGGUUCUUUGUUGUGGAGGAUCACGUUCUUCACACCACGCAGGGUUUGGUCAACAGAGCGUACGUUGAGGAGCUUUGGGAGCUGGCACUGUCUAAAAUUGUCGCCGCCCUGAGGACACACUCGUCGUACUGCGAUGACCCUGACCUGGUGCUGGAUCUGAAGAACCUUAUUGUCCUUUUUGCUGAUACACUGCAGGGUUAUGGCUUCCCGGUGUCACAGCUGUUCGACAUGCUGCUGGAGAUGAGGGAGCAGUACGGAGAGAUCCUGCUCAAGAAGUGGAACAUCACCUUCAGGCAGGUGUUGGACCAGGACAACUACAGUCCAAUCCCAGUCUCAACAGAGCAGGAGUACAGACACUACACUUCCCAGUUUCCCCUGCAAGACCCCGAACUGGACAAGCUUCCCUUCCCCAAGAAGCUUCCCUUCUCCGAGUUUGUGCCAAAAGUCUACUGCCAGCUCAAAGAGUUCAUCUAUGCCUGUCUGAAAUACAGUGAGGAUCUUCAUCUCAGUUCCACGGAGGUCGACGAUAUGAUCCGCAAGUCGACAAAUCUGUUGUUGACCAGAACCCUCAGCCACUGUCUGCAGUACGCCAUUAAAAAGAAGAAUGUCGGGCUGGCAGAGUUGGUGCAGGUGAUCAUUAACACCACCCACCUGGAGCAGAGCUGCCACUUCCUGGAGGAGUUUAUAUCAAACAUCACCAAUGUUCCUCCUGACACAGUAAACGCUACCAAGCUGUACGGGACCUCCACCUUUAAGGACGCUCGUCAUGCGGCGGAGGCGGAGAUCUACACCAGCCUGAACGCCAAGAUCGACCAGUUCCUGCAGCUGGCUGAUUACGAUUGGCUGGCCGCGGUGCAGGGAGGCGGGACUCUGACUGCCAGCGACUACCUGAUCGACCUGAUCGCUUUUCUGAAGAGCACCUUCAGCGUGUUCACCAACCUGCCUGGAACGCCAAUAGAACACGCUACCUUACCGGGUAAAGUGGCCCAGACCGCCUGCAUGUCGGCCUGUAAACACAUCUCCACCUCCCUGAUGCAGCUCCUUCUCGACCCGGAGGUCCGACAGAUCUCCAUGGGAGCUCUACACCAGCUCAACACCGACGUCAAGGAGUGCGAGAGUUUUGCCAGAGCCGGCCCGGUCGCAGGCUUCCAGGGUGACACGUUGCUUCUGGCCUUCAGUGACUUGAGACAAUUGCUGGAACUGUUCACCCAGUGGGAUUGGUCGACCUACCUGGCUGACUACGGCAAACCCACCUGCAAAUACCUGAGAGUCAACCCACACACUGCACUGGCCCUGCUGGAGAAGAUGAAGGAGAUGAGCAGGAAGAACAACGUCUUCGCCCAGUUCAGGAAGACAGACAGAGACCGACAGAAACUCAUCGACACCGUCAUCAAGCAGCUACGCAACCUCAUCGCACAGCACCACACCUAAAGUGAAACACCCGAUUGGCCAGCAGGCCCGAAGCCACCUUCUCAUUGGCUGAUUGAAUCUCGAAACCUUAACUUCCGAUCUAUGACGCCCAAAACAAGCAACAAGCUCAUUGGAUAACAAGCUUGUGCUGUGCUGUCAGUCAGUUUAGCUUCAACUCAAAUUGAUCUGCGUGAAACUUAACAAGAAAUCAUCAGCGUGGCUGAAGACACAAGCUGAACUUUGACCUUUAAAGAUAAAGUUGUCGAUCUGGUUCAAAUUCAUGCUCAAAAAAAAAUAAACAUCAUCACCUGCCUUAUUCUCAAACUUGAUUUGGUCUUGAUCUUAAAAGCUGCUGGGAUCUGUUAGAUUUCAGGCCUGUGGAGAACGAUCGAUUAGAGCAAAUUAAUUAUUUUAACGUUAAAUCACCUGCUAAAACAUCAUCACAAUCACUGAUUAGGAAAUACAUAUUCAUUGUGCUCAAUGAAAUCUCUCAGUUUACAGUUGCUGACACUUUGUUGCUGUACUUGUUGCUGUCGAGCCUCGUUACCGACAUAUUUAUAAAUGGGAACCUGGGUUCAUUUUAUCUGUAAGUUACGUGGGAAUCGUGGGGUUUUCUUUUAGCGAGAACUCCCAUUUUCAGAUUUUCUUCUUUGUCGUAAACUCUAACCGAGCGGGCUGGUUAAGCAGUCUGUCGCCUUUAACGUCUUCCACAUCGCUCGCUCUCUCACUGUUGCACAGUAACAGCACGUUUUGAAUGUACAUCAGCGAGGGUCGACUUCAGAAGCAGAAUGUGACGUUGUGACAUCGCAGCAGGCCGAGCACUGAACUAAAAUAAAAAGUAGAUAUUGGUGGCGAAUAAAGAGAAUGUUACUCCUGUAUCCCUUAUCUUCUAAUAAAGGGGGAUGUCGACGAAAAAUGGCAACCCUUCUCCCUCUUAAUAUACAACCUGCGAACACUUGAAACACUUGAAUGGCUGCUCACAUCUGGCAACCUCAUUCCCACAUCCUAACACAUGAAAGCACAGUGAGUGUCUGGGAUAUAAAAGGGGGGGUGUUGUCCAAACAUGGCAACCCAUUCCAUCAUAUUUGAACUGGGGGGAUGCUGCCUGAGCAUUUUUUACUCAUGUAGAGACGUCUCGGUCUUAAAGAGGGGGAUAACACCCCAACCUGGCAACUGCUCUAAAGUGUAUAGUGUUUUGUUUGUGUGGUUGAUUAGAAAGAAACUAAUUUGUAUAGAAAUCAUUUUACUAAUGGCAAGCACACACUUUCAUGUCUUCCAUAAGCAUAUGCCAAGCUGUGUGUGUGUGUAGUGUCGCUGCACAAACUUUUGUUUAGUUAAAGCACAGGAUAUAGUUACACUCUCUAGACUAUUUUUGGGUCUUUAACCAAUAUGGUUCUUUUUUCUUUUGCUCUUUGUGUUGCUUUUUUCUUGGAACUUUGGUGCAAUAAUAGCAUUGGAAGCCGCAGCAUUGUGUAAGUGUGUUAAUCAUUGUGCUUUUAUAAAGGGAUUCAAACUUACAGCGUGGGUGUCAGAAGGGAAUUUAAUUUGUUCCACAUUCGAUCAUGUCGUGUGGGUGUUUCUGUGAGUUUGUGUUCACUUGUGCAUGUCGGCGAAGUGUGUGUGUGUUUGGGGUUUUGUUUUGUAUCCAUCCUUAGCUGUGUAUCAUUUUUAGGUGUUAGUGAGGGGACGGGGUCGUCGUUAUUGAAUGUGCCUUUGCUGUGUUUAGUUUUAUUUCCCUGCCAAUGAAGCAGCAACACUGUGAUGUUUGGACUCUGGACACACAUAUGUACAAUAACAAAAGCAACUACUGGGUUAUCUUCACUCAAAGUCCUCUUUCUGGGGCUUUCAACUACAUCUAUUCGUUACUUUACCUUUUCUGUGACACUAAUGAUGAUGCUCUAUGCUGCAUUUGAUUUCAUCCAAGUAGUAACCUGCAGUAACACAAAUAUUUAGACUCGAAAUGGGAACUGAUCGUAAAGAUCUUGCCAUUAUACUUUAAAUUGCUAAUGAGCUUCAGCUGCUGAAUUUUGGACGCAUUAAAUGUACUUGCCCACUUGGUAGAGGAGCAGCUCCAACCUCUUUGCUCAAAAGCACUGUGGUAGUAAUAGGCAAGGUUGACCGACAACCCUCCAGUCACCUGCCAUCACUCUGACCCUAGUCCUGCUUGUCUGACAGUGUUCAGAGUCCUUGCGCUGCAGAUGUUGCUGCUGCUUUGUUUUGUAUUUUGUAAACAGAAAUCUUUAUUGAGACAGAAGCACUGUAAACGCUGUUGUAUUAAACCACUAAUAAAAUAAAAAUACUAAUGAAGUUGCAACAAAUACCAACAGACAAAUAUGGAAUAAAUGGAAAAGUGUUGAA